AUCAAGCGUAACAUUAUGACCGCUCACAGGCUCAAAUUGCCUCAGGAAACCACGCCUGUCUCUCACCAACAUCAGUCAAGCAUUCAUGCUCAGUUGUUUGUCACAGAGGCCUGCAGACGCCUGGUGUUCCUCAGAAGCUCCAAAGCAGUUCUGAAAAUGUCUCUUCCAACCCACCGUCAGUGCAAAGUGGAGAUUCAGAACAAGACCUCCAGCUUCAUGCUGUGUGAACCGCUCAUCCAUCUCUUCAGCGGGAACUGUGAGUCUCCUCUCCCUCCAACUUUCCGUCCGUCUGAAUCCGGCACUGCACUCUUCAUCAAGAAAGCUCACACCGCCUGUGGCUCAGUUGCUGUCUUCACCUAUGACAUCCUCCAGGAGUCCACCAGGCAGAACCAGGGCCGGCUGGCUGUCAUGUUCUCUGUUCCCUACGACUUCAACAUCUACUCCAACUGGUAUGCUGUGGGAGCAUUCAGCACUGACAAGCUGUGCGACGAGGAGCUCUACAAAGAGAUGUACUACGGCGUGCAGCGCGGCUUUGUCCGUGGAAAAGCCAAAGGGCCCAGUCUGACCCACAAAGUGGGUCAUAUGACCAUCAGGGCCAGCAUGUCAGACAGCUACCAACCUGUCCUGAAAGUGGAGCUAUGCGACAACUGAGACCUGCUGCCUCUAUUGGUUCAGUUUACCCACUUAACUCUCGAUCAGCACCAGUUUAUUCCGCUAAACCCAUUUCUUUUUAAUUAGGAAAGGCUUCUUCUUUUAUAAUCUAACUAUCAUUAACUUCAUCUGCAUCUGGACAGUUACCAGGUAUCCUGUUUUUCCCAGUUUCCUGUAGUUUCCCAGAUUGUAAGCCAAUAACGUGCUUUUCCAUCUGCACUCAUUAAAGUCAUUCCAGUAAAACUAGCAGCAGAUGUUUCUUCAUCUGCCAUGAUCCCAGUUCUCCCAGUAUCAGUUGGUUCAGUCGACUAAAUCUUUUCUUUUCAACAAUCAACCGUCUCUAAAAUCUGAAAACAAAGUUUUCCUGUAUUGGUGAGAAAAACACUCAAUGUUCCUCUAAAUCUUUAAAACACCAACAAAGCUCCAACUGAUCCGUAUGCAUCCUUUGAACUCCAGCAGCCAAAUUAAAUCAUUGCUGAAUACCUGAAACUAAUCUGGACCGGAUAAAAAUAUGAGCCAGAGUUGUAUCAGCACAUGGAUUUGUGUUUCAGCUUAAAGUCAAUACAAAUCAAAUAAAAAUUUUAUCAGGUAGCUGGAUGAAAUGGGACUGGGAGGAACUUGGCAACACUGUGUAUCCAAGUGAGACUGAAUUGUAAUGGAAUAAACUCACUGAAUCAAGUCCAAUUAAGUUCUCUUGUACUGGAUCGGUUCAUUGUUUUUCACUGAAUGUUUCAGAAAUAUCUCCAUAUUUUCUGUCUGCACUCUCUGCUUCUAUCCAAUAUCUGAGCAUCACUAAACACAGAAACCAUGAGGAGAUCUGGUAGUCCUGAUCUCUCAUUGCCGCUGUCAACAUCUGAAUGUUUUGACCCAAUAAAGCUGAGCAUUAAAUGUU